ACACGUGCCGCCGGCGUUCCUCGUUCCAAACGCUCACUGGAAAGGGACCCGUCUGGCUGAGGGCGGGAACCUCGCGCGCGGCAAACCAUAUAAGACCGUUGGAUUUUGUUUUUUCUUUUUUUGAUACGUAUUUCGCCGUUUGGAAUUUGCUAAUUAAAAAAAAAAAAGAAAUCGGAAGUUCGUUUAUGAUGAUUAAACGGGAUCGAUCUUUGAAGUGACUUCGAUUUGUAAAGUUCGUGAAGGAUUUAUGAUAAUUUUUUCGAAGUCAGGUCCUGGAAUUUUAAGAAAAUGGUUAACAUUCUUCUCGUGUUUUGAAAAUAACUAAAUAACUAAACAAAUAGAUAAACUUCCUAGUUGUGGCACUAAGAGGACGCUGUAUACACAAGUCUCUCUUAGAUCCGAGUCUUUUGAAAGUAAGAGUUUGAGAGACAGAGAGAGAGAGGGAGAGAGAGAGAGAGAGAGAGAGAGAGAGAGAGAGAGAGAGAGAGAGAGAGAGAGAGAGAGAGAGAGAGAGUGUGGGAAGACAAGGCAACACGCUACGAUCAGCUGGGAUCAUUAAGGUGAAUAUUGUGAGAAAAGGCGGCAGCGAGAGGGAGAGAGAGAGAAGGAAAAAAUCGUGUUAUAUUAACCACCUGAAGGAACUCGACGAUUUAAGAAGAAGAAGUCUUAACGUGAAAGCGAAAAGGAGUUAAAUAAUAAAAAUGGCAGGACAGGAAAGAACUUUGUUCUACACUAUACUACAGUGUUAUGUCUUCGCGCAUCUGGCUUUUAUGGCGUCAGGUCAGUGCAGCGGGACAGAGACCUUCGAAAAGGUUACCAGAACGACGGUCAAAGGCAUCUCAGGGGUUCCUCUCUUCUCGAGCGCUGGCAACACUGUCACCAGCGACUGUAUAUCCAGAUGUCGCCAGUCCCGCCUCUGCUCCGGGUUUCUGCUGAACUACGACCGAGAGUCCUGUUUCCGCUUGGACAGGGUCGCGUACAGCUCGGGGGCGGCGCUCCAGCCGACGCUCGAACCUGUUAAUUUCUUCGAGAAAAUUUGCAUUACGGCGACCCCCUGCGGCAAAGACUGGAUGCUGGAGCGCGUGGUGGGCUUCGAAAUCGAAGGCUACGACGACAUUGUCCUGAACAACGUGCCCGACAGACUGAAGUGUGCUGAACUGUGCAUCAGGGAGAGGGGCCUUCAGUGCCGGAGUGCCGAGUAUCACACAAGGGACGGCGUGUGUCGCCUCAGCAGACAGGACCGAAGGACUCAGCCGCUCAGCUUCCGGCCGGCCUCGCCCUACGUGCAGUACAUCGAGAACCAGUGCGCGCCAGCCACGCAGCAGCAGCAGUGCGAGUUUGAGGAGUUCCCGGAGCAGGACUUGGGUCACGGCGACAAGCAGAUAGCAGUCAGGUCGAAGGAGGAGUGCCAACAGGCGUGCGAGUCGGAGGGCGCUUUCCACUGCCGCUCCUUCGCCUGGUUCGAGCGGGCCGGCGUCUGCAGGCUCUCCGGGGACGACCUCAUCUCGGCGGGGCCCUCGGCGCUCGGGGACCUGCCGGGCGCCACGUGGCUGCAGAGGUCGCCGUGCCUGGACUUGGAACUCGGCUGCACUGUGGACGCCAUGACUGUUCACCUGAACACGCCAGAACCCUUCAAAGGACGCCUGUUCUCCAGAGAUUUCCCAGCGAGUUGUCAGUCCAGAGAUAUUGGCAGAACUGACACCACCCUCACCAUUAAGUUCAACGAUCCGGAAUGCGGCGUGGUGAACGAGGGGGACGGUGUCUACAGUAACGUCGUGGUGGUUCAGCAUCACCCUGUCAUUCAGCGGAGGGGAGACAAGGCGAUCAAAUUAAUGUGUUUGUUUGAGACUUCUAACAAGACGGUUACUGACAGCUUUAACUUCAUUGUGGACAACUCGAUCAACGCCGGCGUGGCGACGGCGAUCGUGAACGCGACGGCCCCCUCGCCGCGCAUCCGCCUGCGCAUCGUGGACCGCCUCGGGAGGGACAUCAACGGCGCCAGGCUCGGGGAGGAGCUCUUCCUCAGGCUCGAGCUCGACGACGACAGCGUCUACGGCAUCCUGGCGAGGAACCUCAUAGCGAAGAGCGGCGACAACUCGAACUCCAUCAUCCUCCUUGACGAGCGAGGCUGCCCCGACGACCCCGCCAUCUUCCCCUCCCUCCAGCCGCUGCCGGGGUCCAAGAGUCUGCAGGGCAAGUUCGAGGCCUUCAAGUUUUCCGAGGACCAGGUUGUGCGCUUCCAAGUCAACGUCCAGUUCUGCCUUGAGGAGUGCAAGCCGGCGCAGUGCGGAAACAUCCUCUCGUACGGGCGCCGACGUCGAUCUCUAUCCGAAGGCGGCAUCGUGACCUUAGGCGGCGAGUACAGCCUCAUUGGCGGCGAGAUCCAGCUGGGAGACGACCGCGACGACCCCGAGGACGACCACGACCCGAUCUACCACGAAAUGCCUCUGCAGAAGGAGAUCAUCGUCGACAGCGAGACCGUGAAGCCUCUCCGAGCGGGGCUUCUGCCGGAAGAGACAGAUGCCCGACGCCUGGCCGAGCUCGUGUGCACCUCCAGGGAAGUCCUUCUGGCGGCCCUCGUGUCCGGAGCCAUCCUGCAGGUGAGGAGGUCAAGCCGGGAGGACUGGCUCGGCGGCGAGGCACACUGCCGAAUUUCCGAUACUCUGCUUGGUUCGUGGACCUUGCCGGAUUUUCAGACUGCCGAAUUAACCGAGACUGAAGAAGGUCCCGGACCAACAGUUAGUGAAAAAUCUGUAGUGUGCCUGUAUGAAACGUGUCCUUUAUAUAAAGAAAAUGAAAUACAGAAAUGCUGUACUAAUACAGCAACACCACGGCUGUACAGAUUGGCCAAGAGCUGCUUGCAAACUUCUUAUACUGAAGUAACUAAAGAAAGAUUAAGAUUAAAGAUUAGUCUCUACGUACAGCUUGAGAACCUGAGUCUUCCCGGGGGUCCUAAGGAUUGUCCAGACAGCUUCAUUUUGAAUCAAGAUCACAGCCUCUCCGUCAUCGAGACUUCUGCCUCCUCGUGGCCACCUAUGGAAAUUAGGUACCUUAUGAUCCCAGGCUAA